AUGAAGGCAUUGCUCGGCUCACAAGAGGCAUGUGAAGUUGUAGAGAAAGGCUAUGAUGAACCAGAGAAUGAAGGAACUAUAAGUCAAGCUCAAAGGAAUACCUUGCAAAGGUAUCGCAAGUUAGAUCUACACGCUCUCUCUAUUAUUCACAUGGGCUUAGAUGAAGCAAUGUUCGAGAAAGUUGUGUCCUCAACAAAAGCUAAGGAAGUUUGGGAGAUUCUCGAGAACAAUUUCAAGGGAAUUGAAAAAGUGAAGAAGGUUCUCCUUCAAAUGCUUCAUGGGAAGUUCGAAUCUCUGCACAUGAAAGAGUCUGAAUAUGUCUUUGACUAUUUCUCUAGAGUAUCCUCCAUUGUCAAUCAUAUGAAGCGAUAUGGGGAGAAUAUUGAAGAAAGUCGUGUCAUCGAGAAAAUUCUUAGAUCGCUUGACUCAAAAGUUGAGUUUGUUAGUAUUUCCAUUAAAGAGUCUAAUGACUUGAAUACCACGACCCUUGAUCAACUCAUGGGAUCAAGCAAUCAAUCAAGAGGACGAGGGUGUUGGAACUAUGGCUCCAAUGGUCACUAUGCUUCCAAAUGUAGGAGUGACACCACCAAUAAUGAAGAGAGAGUGAAUUAUGUUGAAGCACAGGAAUAUGAAGAAUUGUUGUUGUUGGCAACCAAAGAAGAAAAGGAUAAACAAUCGUGGUACCUUGACACCAGUGCUGCCAAUCACAUGAGUGGCAACAAGGAGUUAUUCUCAACAAUAAAUGAGUGGGUAAAAGGCAACAUUGUUUUUGGAGAUGAAACUAAAAUUUCAAUAAAGGGCAAAGGUGAUGUUCUUAUUCGUGCUAAAAAUGGAAGUCAUCUUUUGAUUUCUCAAAAGAAUAGAACCAUCCUCGACAUGGUUCGUAGUAUGCUUAAGAACGAGAGUAUGGAGAAGGAGUUUUGGGCCGGGGCUGUUGCAUGUGCCAUGUAUUUGUCUAAUCUUUCCCCAUCGAGUAGUGUUCAAGACAUGACUCCACAAGAAGCUUGGAGUGGUAAGAAACCUAGUGUUUCUCAUUUACGUGUUUUUGGUAGUAUUGCCUAUAUUCAUGAGCCAAAUGAGAAGAGAUUAAAACUUGAUGAGAAAAGUGAGAAGUUUGUUUUCAUCGAUUAUGAUGCAAAUUCUAAAGGCUACAAGUUUUACAAUCCUUGCAAUGGAAAGAUUGUUAUUAGUAGAGAUGCAAAAUUCGACGAAGGAAGUUCGUGUGAUUGGAAUGUUCUGAAAAAUGAAGAAUACGUGAUUUUUCCUUUUCAAGAAGGAGACUCUAGCCAAAACGCAAGUGAAGAUGCUCCUCCACCGCAUUUUCCUGCUCCUCAAUCUCCUUAUGAUAGUCCCUCCAAAGGAUCGAGUCGUAUCAGAAAUUUUGCAGAGAUUUAUGAAGAAACCAAAAUUGUUGAUAAUCCAUCUUUAUUUUGUCUCUUCGUUGACACCAAGCCAUUAAACUUUGAAGAGGCAAUGGAAGACAAGAAAUGGAGGCAUGCAAUGGAUGAGGAGAUCCGAGCAAUAAAAAAGAACAAUACAUGGGAGCUAGCCUCUCUUCCUGAAGGGAAAAAGCAAUUGGCAUGA